CCUUGAGGAGAGCUACUCCCAGGCACUUUGUGCCCACGGCUAGGAUCUGACAGGGUCCCUCUUUCCUGGCUUCUCUGGGGAGGCUGAUCCACUGACCAGCCACAGAGAGAGCCCUUCCGAAGGAGCAAAGCGAGGCUGAGAGACAGGAACUUGGCAAAAGAGCAGCACCAUGGUGAGGAACGUUGAUGACUUUGACUUCUGCCUCCCGUCCCACCCCCAGACCAUGCUGGAAGGCCUGCGGGCUCUGCGCACCAAUCCCAAGCUCUCUGAUGUAACCCUGGUGGUGGGCGGGCUAGAGUUCCCCUGCCACCGCAGCAUCCUGGCACUCUGCAGCCACUACUUCAAUGCCAUGUUUGCUGGCAACUUCAUUGAGAGCAUCUCGGCCCGGGUGGAGCUCAAGGAGGUGGAUCCCGUCUUUCUGGAGACGCUGAUUGACUUUGCUUACACAGGGAAGAUCACCAUCAACCAAGGGAAUGUGGAAGGGCUGUUCCGGACCUCCAACCAGCUCCACUUCCCUACUAUCCGGAAAGUCUGCAGCCGGUACCUGAGGCAGCAGAUGGAUGCCACGAACUGCCUGGGUAUUUGUGAGUUUGGGGAAAACCAUGGCUGCCCAGAGGUGUCUUCUAAGGCUUGGGCUUUCCUGCAGGAGAACUUUGAAGCUGUGUCACAUCAGGAAGAGUUUCUCCAGCUCUCCAAGGAGAGGCUGUCUGUCUACCUGUCCAAAGACCAGCUACAGGUACAGGAAGAGCAAAGCCUUGCCGAGGCCAUGCUGAGGUGGGUGAGGUACGAUAAAGCAUCGAGAGUUCAGCACCUGCCAGAGCUCCUGGAACUGGUGCACCUGGUCUCACUGCCAGACCAGUACCUGCAGAACCUGCUCUGCUCAGAGCCCCUGAUCCAGGACUCGGAAGCCAGCAAGGCUGUCAUCACCAGAUACCAGAGCACGGUGGAGAAUAGAUCCUUCGUCCAGAAGAGCCUGCUUGCUCUUCCACAGAAGCUGGAGGAGGUGUUGGUCGUGGUUGGAGGACGAGUGCUAGAGGAGGAAGAGGAGGAUGGGGUGCAGCCACCACGAGUCUCCAGAAACUUUGCUUUUUAUGACAUCAAGCCCAAGAGAUGGAUGGCUCUUCCGGAUUUUCCCGAUUACAAUAAAUGGGGCUUUUCAGUGGUGGCGCUAAAUAACGAUGUUUAUGUCACAGGUGGCUCCCGAGGCACACGGCAUGAUACAUGGUCCACAACUCAGUCCUGGUGCUUCCGCCUCAAGGAAGGUGCAUGGAAACCCAUUGCUCCAAUGCUGAAAUCCCGAACAAAUCAUUCCAGCGCUGUCCUCAAUGGAGAGAUCUAUGUCAUUGGAGGUACCACCAUGGAUGUUGUGGAGGUGGAGUGCUAUGACCCCUAUAACAACAGCUGGAGCUCCAUCAGCCCUGCCCUGAAGUAUGUCAGCAACUUUACUGCAGCUGGGUGCCUGGGGAAACUCUACCUCAUUGGCUCAUGUGCAGUCAAGUACAAUGCAUUGACCCUGCAGUGUUACAACCCUGUCAUAGAUGUGUGGAAUGUAAUUACAUCUCCCUUUAUACCGAAGUACCUCUCGGCCCCACGCUGUGCCUCCCUACAUGGAGUGAUCUACCUUAUUGGUGACAACACCAAGAAGGUUUAUGUGUACGAUCCGGAUGCAAACAUAUGGCAGAAAGUACAGCUGCUUCACACGCUGCAUGAGAAUGGAGGCAUGGUGCCGCUGGGAGGCAAACUCUUUGUGACAGGAGGGCGCUGGAAGGGCAUGGACGGUGACUAUCUGGUAGAGAUGGAAAUUUAUGAUUGUGCCAAGGAUAGUUGGAAAAGGGAGGGACCCAUGCCCUGCCUCUGGCUGUACCACAGCUCUUCCUCCAUCUUUAUGGACACCUCCAAGUGGACAGAACCCUUUCUAGGAGACCACGUGCAGUAGGAGAGCCUGGGAGCGCUGGCCAGGGUGGGGAUGGGCCUGUUCACAAUGUGGAAGAGUGUUUUGUUUUAAGCAUCACUGUUUGCACGUUGUUUUGCCUGCACAUCUCACUCUCCUCAGCCCUUCUGCUGUGCAGAGGCCACUCAGCACAUCUCGGGGGAAGCCCUAGCUCAUGAAAUGGACUUCCAGCACAGCUCUUUUCAGUGCCGAUGUGACAGGGGUGGGGCUGGUUUCUUUAUUUGUCUUUUACUCAUUGAUUGAAGUCUCCUUGCUCGGUCUGCUGGUGGAUCCUGCAAAGAGAACAAUGCAAACUGGCCUGACCUGGACUGGAUUUGUGUUCCCAGCUCUGAAACUGGGUCUCCAUAGCACAGAGUGAGGACACAGGGUGCUGUCCUGUGGGUGGCUGCCCCACACUAGGCUUUUAAUAGCCCAAAUAGUUGAAACUGUUCAGUUCUUGUUUUAUUGAUAUAGGUUGUAUAUACAUUUUAUUUAUACUUAUUCUAUGUAUAAAUAGAAUAAACUGCUCUGCUGUGUCUGUACAACAGUGAGCUAGAUAUUGCUUUAUGAAAAAUAAGCUGUAUUUCUCUUGCUGGCAGUUACUGUGGGGAUCAGAUUUGCUGCUGAUCAGGGAGGAAAUGUCUGGGUAUUUUGGUGUUUCUAUUUCGUUGUAUGUUCUCACAAACUACAGGCACCCAAAUAAGAUACACACCUUGUUUUGGGAAAGUGGAAUGAAGGGGAGAUUUUUUUUCAGGGUCAUGGCCCAAAUCUACCACAUGGAGCGGCUCACUUACCCUCAGCCAGCUCACUGGCUGCUUCAGGCAAAAGCUCAAGCUUUAACUCCAUCACAGCCACUGCUGAACUAGCAGCAGCUUUUGCCUCCUCAGCCAAAACCUACUGCCAAUUGUAGAAGUGGCCAGGAGAGAGUUAAAACUAAGUCUGAUGCUGCAGAGUGCGCUCUACCCCUCCUUCUCUGGGGCCAGGGAGAAAAGCAGAGCCAGAAACCAUUACAGGUCCCUAUGCAGCCAUUACAGAACCUACAUGCAUCAAUUUGAGGACAGAAAGCAGUUUCCUUUCUUAAAACCUGUGCCCAACUUUUGGAUGACCGACUUUUGGGGAAAAGGUACUUGUGAUAUGUGAAUAAAUAUGGUAUAUUUUGCUGGUAUGCAAGUACUGCGUUUCUUUCAAAAAUGUUGGGGCUGGCAGUAGAGCAGCCUGAAUCCUACAACGUAGGCUUCCCAGUCUAUAGUCAAGAGCUUUUCAUCUCUCUGUGCAUAAAAAACAGAGGCUGAUCAGAAGAAGUACCUGCGAACCAGAUUUCUGCCUUCUGAGGUGCUUUCUAAACAUUGUCCAGAGGUGGCAAAAUUCAGUCCUCAGUUACAGCAUGUUAAACAGAGUGAAUCCACAUUCAGCAGAGACCGUUUGUACUUACACCCGCAUCACAGAGCAGAAACUGGUUCACUACAUCAGGCCCUUCUGGAGUGAGAAGGGAGCAGCAUCUCGGUGUGAUCUGUUUGCACAGAGCUGCAUUAUGAUUUGGCCAGGUCAUUUCCAUUGAUGCUGUGGAGUCAUUCAUCUGUAGUCUCCCAUGUCACACAGUGCAUCUGCCCCCCCUGCAAGUCCGCUAAGAUGGGGCUCUCCUUCCUUCCCCACUGCCAGACAAACCUUCAGCAGAAUAUUAAGAGACGGUCUUCUUGAGGUGCUUUGCUAGAAAGUCAGGCACUAAGAUAGUGUCUUCCUCUUCCCCCUUCAGCACAAGAAGGAACCUGUUACUAUUCACUCCUUCCCAUAACAAGUCAAUAUUCUUUCCCUGGAUCUGAGUAAAUUGGAGGGGCUGCCCAAGAGCUGGCUAGGGGGGUUUCCAUACAUGUUUCUUUCAUAUAUACAACGUCUAUUUUUUUCCCCCUAAAAAUAUUUCACAAAAAAUUGUGGCAUUAGCUAACAUGGCCACAAUAUUUUUACCAACAGGUUUAAUGAAAUCACAAUUCAAUUAUUUGUUAAAUACCUUUUAAAACUAAGCACUUCUGCUGUUUGUUUGUAUUAAAAUCUCAUGGGAAAAAAUGGAUGGGAAAUGCCUUUGGAACACUGUGGUAGUGCUGGACUGAUGCUGUGGCCAUGAUGGUCUAGCAAAUAUGGGAGAGGCAGCGAUUUUUGUGGGUGAUUAUCUUUUAUUGCACCAUCUGCAAGGAUGGGAGACAUUUAGAUGAGGUCUGAGUGCAGACCAUUCUUGCAUUCAAAAACUUACCUAAGUCUAUCCCAACCAUGCAGUUGGCCCAAUAAAAGCUGUCACUCACAAACAUCCUUGCCUUUGAAAUGCUGAUUUUUUGCAAGAUCCUUUUCCUGUUUUUCCAGCCAGCAUAAAUCAACUAUGAGCAGGAUGACUGGGAGCAAGACCUAAGCCCUUCCUUAGGAUGUAACUCUUAUGGGGGUGUGAUCACUCCACAUGCUGCCUUUAUGACUGAGGGAUCUGUUCUGAGAGACACAAAAUAUUUAUAACGGCAAUAACUAGAGAAUGACACUUCUUUCAAUGUAGCUGUGUUGCAUUGACUGCUAUCUAUGGUGAUUGCAAAUAGCUUGAUUUUGUUCAGAAUCUG